AUGUUCUCAGUUUGGAGACUACUGAACAAAUUGCGACAACUUGUCGUACGACUACUUUCAUUCAUUAGAAAUUUGUAUUAUAGCAGCAUAGGGAGUAAACUUACGAGGUUGCUAGUAUUCUUUGGAUUUAUUUCAUGGAUUAUUUAUACCACUUACGACUACUAUUUCAAUCCACUAAAGACAUUUCGAUUAUAUCCACAGGUUUGUAACUCCGUGUUGAUUUCUAAUUGGGGAUCUGCUGAUUCCACGCAAAAUACAGCACAGGAUUCAUUUCCUUUAUCUAGUCAGUUCCUAACUAGCAAUGAGUUUAGUCCAUUAUCGCUUAAGACUUUUACCGAUUCACACCCUUUAAUUGUUGGUAAGCCAGAAGAUCAUACCUUCGAAGAAGGGUUCAUGUGUUCUGAAUUAGAAUAUGAGGAUACAUUCGAAGUUACUAAACAAUCAUACCUCGAUUCAGAUUUCGAAUACUUUAUGUCCAAAUUCAAACAAGUAAAAGAGUUUGCGAAAUUAUUGGAAAAGGCAAAAGCCAAAUUCAGGCCAGUGAUACCGGAGCAUAAACAGUGGUUCAGGUUUGGUGGCUCAAGCGUUUGGCUAUCUCACUUCAAAGUCCAUUACAUGGUCAGCCGAGUAUUGUACUCGCCUCAGGGUAUCGCAAAUAAAGCAUAUGUUUCAUUUUUGUAUGUGCAGCUAUUUGACCAAGAUUGGAAGGAAUUACCAAAGGGAACUAAUUUGACUAUCCCAUUUGAAAAACUAACAUCUAUCAAUUGGAUGAAUUUGGAUGGAUCGAUGACCCCGAUUCAAGGUGAUGCUCAAGUGGGCUAUAAAAGGGUAGAAUUUCCCCAAAUAUUACCCAUCCCUAUUGAUUAUUCUAUGAAGACUGAAAAUGAGAAAUACUAUUACGGUCCAGAAGAUCCACGAAUUAUAUUGAGGGAGAAUCCAUUGGGAUUUGAAGAACCACUAAUUGUAUUCAAUAUGAAAGAGUUAAAGAUAAUCAAGCGUAUCAUGUUUUUAUAUCUACCUUUUUCCAAUAAAUUAAAUAUGUUGAAGAAAAGAACUGACAAAUACGCCAAGAUUGAAAAGAACUGGACUCCAUUCAUCAGCCCAAAUCAAAAAUCGCAGAAUAAACUCAAUUUUAUUUAUUCAAUAGUACCUUUGGAAGUCUUGGUUUGUGAGAUUGACACAGCCGUUUGUGAUUUUCUUCAAAAGCCCAAAAAGAAGAAAAAAAAUUACGUGGGGGCGUUACGAGGAGGUACCCAAUUGGUUCCGCUACCAUUAGAUAAAUUUCCUCCUGGUGUACGCGACCUGCUUCAUAUUCCUGCCAACCGAAACGUGUUUUUAGGAUGGGCUAGAGCUCAUCUCAACAAAUGUGGUUGCGGUGAAUCAAUGUAUAGACCAAACAUGAUGAUAUUAAUUGAGGAUCACAAUGAAGAAACAGACAAGUAUUAUUAUAAAUUAGGUGAUGUCUCGGAGUAUUUGGAUUUUGGAGCUUAUGUUCCACCAUGGGUGUCUCCUAAAAUUGACCCUAAACUGGGCCAAUUAAUUGAAGCUCGGCCACUACCAUGCGAAGGAAGGAAUGUGCUUAUCCCAAAUUCCAUCGCUUAUUGGGAUAUAGAAAGUGUAACAAGAGAUGGUAAGAUUCAUAAGAACAUUGAUCAAUUGACAUCACUAGAUUCGGUUUCAAUAAAUGAUUAUAUGGGCGUAACCUUAUCCGCUGCUGAUCAAGAUGUCUCGAUUAUUCAUUUACGUGGGUUAUUGAAUUACAUUAUCAAAUUACCUAGCUUGUUUGAUGAAUCUACCGUGGUUCACAAUCGUGACGAGUUCAACAUUCGAGGAUCGGAUUGGAACUACAAAUGUGCAAUGAAAGCAAGUAAGGAGUACUGUAAACAAGUUGCAUUGAAGAAUGGUAUACUUGAAGAAGAAGAAGGGGACCCUUAUUCGGGUUGA